AUGGCGUCGCCUGGCGCCCCUGGCAACACUGGCAAGCGGAAGAACCUCCCUGCCCCCUCAGUCCUCAAGGAGCGGGCGCGGAAUCGCAAGCUCUUCGAAGAGGCCAAGGAGGAGAAGUGGCUGCGCUCAGAACUCUCGGGGGAGCAGCACGCAGCCAAGAUCGAGUCGGCGCAGUUCAAGGACAACCUCCAGCUGGACCUGGAGCUGAUAGUUUCCUGGCCAGAACUGAAGGCCAAGAUCGAGGAGGAGUUCAAUCGCAACCAAAGCCUGAGCUCCAUGGUUGCGGAGGACCCGGUGGCUGGACCUUCACCGCCGCAGGUGAAGGAGCUGGACUGCGAGGAGGCGAAGAUCAACGAGGAGAGCAUCCCGCCCUCAGCCGAGGGCUCGCGGAUGCAGCUCAACAUGAAGAUGGGCACCAAUCUGGAGGGCUUCCGGGGGGAGGACAUCCAGAAAGAGAAGGCCGACGAAAUGGCAACCGAGGUGCACCAGCCCAAGAAACGGGUUCCUUGGGUGCCGACGUCGGCCUACCUGUCCAACACGAAGUGCUACGUGAAGAUGUGGAGGUGCAGGUGCGGCGCGGAGAACCUCGGGUUCCGCAAGACGUGCUACUGGUGCAGCGGAGCACCGCCUCCGGAGACGGUCGAGAUGCAACGCAAGCAGAAGGAGGAGAUGCUUAGCUUCCCGAGGCCCCCGGACGUGGACGGGGACGCGCCGAAGGGGGCUCGUGGUCAAGCCUGCCUGGACACCCUCAGCGACAAGGUCGGGCUCAUAGGAGCGCAGGCCUUCGACAUGCGCCCCAGCCGCGCUAUACGGAGGCUCGCCGUGAAGAGGUUUGGCACCGAGGAGGCUCUCGCGCUGGCCCUCGAAAGGUAUUCCUCCUGA